AGGUGGUGCUGCUGUGCGUUUUGAAGACGAAGAGGCGAAAAGAAAACGAAUAAGAAAACAUCAUCACCAACCAGGCAGACAGGUUUUGAUUGAAGAAAACAGCAGGAUUGUCCCUCUUUUCUGUAUCGGAUUCGCUCUUUGCCUCCCACUGAGUGCCGCAGGACUGCUGGGAGUUUUGCUUCUCAUCCCACCCACCAACAUGCCAGCUGCACUUGCAGAUUCCAGUCAGAUCAUCUGUGAAGUCUGGGCGAGCAAUGUGGAAGAAGAGAUGAAAAAGAUCAGACAGAUUAUCCAAAGCUACAACUACGUCGCCAUGGACACAGAGUUCCCUGGGGUCGUUGUGCGGCCAAUCGGAGAGUUUCGCAGCACGGUGGACUACCAGUACCAGCUGCUGAGGUGCAACGUGGACCUCCUGAAGAUCAUCCAGCUCGGACUCACGUUCAUGAACGAGGACGGCACUUAUCCUCCGGGCACGACGACGUGGCAGUUCAACUUCAAAUUCAACCUCACAGAAGACAUGUAUUCGCAGGACUCCAUCGACCUGCUGCAGAACUCCGGCCUCCAGUUCAAAAAACACGAAGAAGAAGGAAUCGACACGCUGUACUUUGCAGAGCUCCUCAUGACGUCCGGCCUGGUGCUUUGUGAAAACGUCAAGUGGCUCUCCUUCCACAGCGGUUAUGACUUUGGCUAUCUGGUGAAGCUUCUGACUGAUGCUCGGCUUCCCGAGGAGGAGCACGACUUCUUUCAGAUCCUCAACUUGUUUUUUCCUGCAAUCUACGACGUCAAGUACCUGAUGAAGAGCUGCAAAAGUCUCAAGGGAGGCCUGCAGGAAGUAGCCGAUCAGCUGGAGCUGAAGAGGAUCGGACGGCAGCAUCAGGCCGGAUCCGACUCACUGCUCACAGGGAUGGCUUUCUUCAGGAUGAAAGAGCUUUUCUUUGAAGACCACAUCGACGACGCCAAGUACUGCGGUCGGCUAUACGGCCUGGGAUCUGGAUCCAGCCAGCCACAGAACGGGCUCUCUGGGUCGGGACAGGAGGAGACCAACAACAAACACUGAGCGGCCGCUCAGCUUCGCUCGUUUUAAAAAAAAAAA